CGGAUUUGAUGAAACCGCUAACAAAACAUGAGCGUCCUUUUUUUGCUUCUGAAUUACUGAAUAUACCCUGUGCAAGACUGCAAGCACGCACCUCUGUUCGUCCUCUCAAAUCACCCACCGGAGCCCUUACCUGCUACAUAGCCGUCACUGAAAACCCUAAAAUUCUCCAUCGCUGUACUAAUGGAGUUCAGAUUGCCAGGAUUCAAUGCGCAGCUGCAGCAAAAUCAAGUCCAUUCCAUGCCGUCUUCAAACUACACUAGCUUCUCCAACAAUGCUAUGAAAGGAGGACCAGUGGAUAUUCAGAGAGAGGCAAUUCAGCGUGAACUUGAGAAGGAGAUGAUACGGGAGAAGAUAAUAGCGGAGGAAGUGGAGCGUUUUCGCGUUUUGCAAGCAGAAGUGAGGAGGAGAGAGGUGACGAUGGGAGGAGAGGUGAUGAAGAGCGAGAAGGGAUUUCCAUCGUCGUUUAUGCCUGGAACUUACUGGAAACCACCAUCACCACCAGCAUCACCACCACUCCACCACCAUCAUUACCAGCUUCUGACCAGUUUCAGAAACGAAGAUUGAGGUAAGUAAAGGAAAAGGAAAAAUAAUUUGAAAACCUUCUUGAUUUCAAUUUUGGAUCUUAUCGUUGUUUGGAAACAAGUCCUUUCAUGCUCUAUAGUAUAGAUUGAACUAUUAUAUUGUCGUUAAAACAUAUAAUCUCAAAAUGAGUGGUGGGUGUUGAAACAAAUUUGAAAACUUCAGUGGUGU